AUGCAUGAGGUCAGCGGCUCUGCAAACGCCUCCGAGGGACACCGGGCUCCAGGCGGAGCCGCACGGGCAGCGGGCCGGGAGCCACCCCCGCUCCUCGGGCAGGGCUGCCCGGGGCUCCCGGCCCGUCCUGGGCACCGCCCUGCCCCGGCCAGGAGGCGCCUUCCUCCCCAGCAUCAUCCUCCCGCAGCACUGCGCCCCGGCCCCACAGCUCCUCCGGCCACCCUCCUGGCCACGGCACGGACGGGGAGCACUGGCCAAAGGGCCAGGAGGCCUGUCAGGGUGUCAGCGGCCAGGGAGCACUGGCCAAAGGGCCAGGAGGCCCAUCAGGGGUGUCAGUGGCCAGGGAGCUCUGGCCAAAGGGCCAGGAGGCCCAUCGGGGGUGUCAGUGGCCAGGGAGCACUGGCCAGAGGGCCAGGAGGCCUGUCAGGGUGUCAGUGGCCAGGGAGCACUGGCCAAAGGGCCAGGAGGCCCAUCAGGGGUGUCAGUGGCUGGGGAGCACUGGCCAAAGGGCCAGGAGGCCUGUCAGGGGUGUCAGUUGCCAGGGAGCUCUGGCCAAAGGGCCAGGAGGCCCAUCAGGGGUGUCAGUGGCCAGGGAGCUCUGGCCAAAGGGCCAGGAGGCCCAUCAGGGGUGUCAGUGGCCAGGGAGCUCUGGCCAAAGGGCCAGGAGGCCCAUCAGGGGUGUCAGUGGCCAGGGAGCUCUGGCCAAAGGGCCAGGAGGCCCAUCGGGGGUGUCAGUGGCCAGGGAGCACUGGCCAGAGGGCCAGGAGGCCCAUCGGGGGCGUGAGUAGCCAGGCAGCUCCAGCCCUGCUCCCUGAGGCUCCUCACCCUGCAGCCCAGGCCUCGGUGCCCAGCGCAGACCGAGCCCCACAGCCAGAUCCUGAGGAACAUCCAUGCAAAGAGCUGUUGGCCAAGCAGAAUCCACGGAAAAGCAGAUGGCAAAGUCCACUGGAGUUCAACGGGGCAGUGACAGCUGUGACGCCCUCGCUGCCAACACUGCUGCACUUCAGAGCCCCUGGCCUGGGCAAAUGGGCAGGAAAUGAUCCUGCACGGCCAGGAGAGACAUUGGGGCUUGCCAGGAGAGACAUUGGGGCUUGCCAGGAGAGUGAACAUUGCCUCUCUCCAAACUCAGGCACCCCAGAACUGCCCAGCCCUGGUUCUGCAGUCACUGCCUCGCCCCAGAGCACAUCCCCACUUCUCAUUGCACACACUCAGCGAGGCUGCAAAGGACCCCGAGUUGGAAAAGUGCCCCCAGCCUGCCCCUCUUUGGUUCCUCUCUCAGAGAGGAUUUGGUGGGACACUCAGAAUUUCCAGCACGUUCCCAUCUGCUGAAUUUCAGCCUGGAGCACUGGGUGCCAUGGCAUGGCAUCUUCUGCACCAAAAGCAGCAACUCCUGGUUUAUUUUUCCCUUUCCCUGAAGGAGGAGCUCCACAGUAUUAACCCCUAUGAAAUAUUAUUAAUAAACUCGGGAAGGAGCUGGGGCCAGAUGCAUGAAGCCAGGAUUCCUUGCUGGAAGCACAGAGUCCAGCACAAACACGUGGGAGUGUUCCCAGGGCUUGUACAGCCUCUGAUCCCUACAGAAAAUGAACCUGCUCCAGCUUCCCAUGGCACAGGCACUCCUGGCAUUGCAAUGCCAAGGGUUUCUCUCAGCCCCUGGUUUACUGAACCUGCAGCUUUCUCUCCUAAGAUGCCUCCAAAGGCAGAGAGCAGAGGUUUGGAAUUCAUUUUAGCACCUCCUCACUAACAGCAGGGACUUUCUCAUGGUUACAUUGUCAUUAAACCAUAUUUUGCUUGCAAAUCUGUUAAAAAUGGAACUCUAACCCAAAUGUAUCUUAUGGAAUAUGCAUUUCUCAUCGUGGCCCUGCUGCUCGCUUACAGAUGAGGAAAGCAUUGUGAGCACAUGAACUGUGUUUGUUCGUGUCAGGAAAUGCAAUGAAAUAAAAAUGUAACAAUUCUUUCAGUUCUAUAAGUUUCAUCUUCAGGAAUUAGCACAAAGAAUCAUUUUUACAGAGGUUUACAGGAGAAAAGACAUCAGGAUGCAACUUGAAAUUCAUUUGUAAUAGGCCCAGAUGUGUUUUAUUGUCCUUCCUUGUGCUCGCUG